UAAAUUGGGGGGGGGCGGGGAGAUCAGAAGUUAACAGCAUUUCAGAACAGAUCAGUACUCUGGCAUCUAAUACUGGACUUUGGUUUCAUUUAAUGUUUUUUUUUAUUUUAAUUAUAACUGUUUCUUUGAACUAAUUCUAAAUCAGUGUUUGCUUUUUUUUUUUUUAAAUGGGAAAAGCAGAUGACAGAAACCCCCUUUUCAGUAAGACUUUUCCAUAUAAGGAAACUGACUUUGAAGUGUCAGUGAAGGCUGGGCUCUGUCCCUCCAGGGCUCCUCCUCUGUGGGUGUAGUGGCCAUUUGAUCAUCCAUUAGAGAACACCCUGCUAUCUCUCCCUUUCAAAAUAAAUCAUUUUUGGAAAUUGCAUCUUUAGAGCACUGUAUUGAUUAGCCUCCUUGCCAAGAUCCUUUUGUUGUGAGAUGUUUGCCCAAGGAGCCGUGACAGAAUAGAGCGUUAAACCUCAGCUGUUGUGAGAGAGAAAGGCUUUAAGUGGUGGUACUGAAGUCCUUGCAGAGAAAGGAAGAAUCAAAUUACACCCAUUGUUUGUGAGUCUUUGAAGGCUGUUUAUCGAAAGGGCCAGUAUCUCAUUAUCUCUCCCAGUCCCAGCUGAAAAGAGUUGGCUACCUGUCUGAGUUACCCUGAAAAAGUUCUUUUUAGGCAGAAUGAAUGAAAGUGCUGUUACCAAAGUCUCCCUGUACCAUUAAACACCGUUAAGCAUCAGGAGGCGAAAUCUAACAUUCAGCCUGAUUUGGUCAGCGUAGCCUUUGCGUGGCUAAGAGUUGCACCUGCGGACUAAGGCAGCGGCUCAGUGAAUAAAGCGCUCGCUGUAAAAUCAUGAGGACAGGAGUUUGAUGCUUCCCCAAAGCAGAUGUGGUAGUGUGCCUCGGCAGUCCCAACGUAACCUGCUUCAGAAAAGGACAGAGACAAGAGAGUCCCCCAGAGCUCCUGGGCCACCUAAGUUGGCAUGAGCAGCCGUGAACAACAAGAAUCCCUGCCUCGAACAUGAUAGAACACAAGAAGUUAAAACCCAAGGUCAUCCUCUGACCUCUCCACACAUGCUGUGCCACGUGUAUGCCCUCACUCACACAUAUAAUACACAUAUGCAUACAGACAUGUGUGUAAACACACACACACUUUUUUUUUUUUUAGAAAAAGUCACUUACCUAUUAUGAUGUUGUAGAAUUUAUUGUAAUUUUCAAACCUGGAUUAUUUUAUUUAUGUUAUCUCUUUUUUUGGAAACAGUUUCCUGUCUCUAAAGGUAUUAGAUACUGGCUUAAGUUUUAAAUACACCAAUUGAAACAAAUAGCCACCAAAGCAAACCAAAGUAAAAAUAAGAAAAAAGAAAGAAAAAAGAAAAAAAAAAGGGAAAGAAUCCCAGCAUCUCUUUUCAUGCUGAUACUCAAGGAAAUAGUAGAUUUUUGAAUGAAAAUUUGGGUAAUAAGAAAUUACAUUAAUAAAAACGAAGACUUUAAAAGUCAAAGCUAUAAAACUGAGAAGGACUUCACCUCUGAAUCUUGGAGGAUGAUGUUGAACUGACAUGGGAGGGGAUGGUGCUUUGACAGCCCCAAGGGCUCCCUGGAUGCCCUGCCUUCUCUGUCUGCGUCUGUGUAAACAGACAAGCCAGCCGAGAAAGGGCCCUUUUCAACAUAAAGGCCCUUUUCAACAUAAGAGUAGCUAAGGGGCAGCGAACACUUAGGUCCACAGACAGAGAACUCCAGGGCUGGCAGGGUGGCUGCUCCCACCCCUCUGCAAGAGCUCCAUGCCUCGUCACUAUGGUGUGGACUUGAAAUCUCAGGAGGCAGUUGUGUGGGUGUAGCGAGCUGGAGAACGGUGGAUGCCGGGCAGCAGUGGGGGGGGGGGCGUCUAGAAAAGCUACGUACUUCAGGGCCUGGAAGAUGAGAGCUGUGUUCACUUGCUUCAAGCCCUGGGCUUCUCUAGACAGCUGGACCAGGCAGCGCGACCUCUGCUUUCCAUUGUGUUCUUCAGAAUGAGACAGUUGUCAGUGACAUCCACAGGUUUAUAGUCCAGCUGGGAGCCCUAUAGAUAGCCAUAAGAGCAGAGAAAACAUUCUGAUUCUCUAAAUCACCUCUGUUUUCUAUAUUUAGACUUCAGCUUUUUUUUUCUUGUCUGGCUUUAUGAAAAGCAGACAGUCUCUUUAACCUCAGCUAGGAGCGUGCAAAGCAUAUUGGUUUCCAGACUCAAAAGCAGUCAGUUCUAUUUUGAAUGGGGGACAGUUUUGAAAGAAUAUCAAUUGCUUGGUGUCACUCUGUUCCUUGAUGUGGCCACUUUAAUUAUCCAGUGUAGAAGGAAUCCCAGUUGUGUCUGCAGAAAAAUAUUUAACAUUUUUUAAAAUUGCAUCACAAAUAAAAUAAUACUGUUUUGUGUCAGAAUCAAUAAGAUACUUAGAUUCAAUAACCUCACAUUUAUGACCCCAACUUAGUUGUUUUCUGGUUUUCUUUUUUUUUUAAAUGAAUUUCAGUGAGAAAAUAUAUUUUGAAAAAAAAAUCCAGUGAUCAGAUUUUUAAUUUUAUCAUUUUCUUAUCUAUAGUGGUUGAAUACUAAUUGUUACUUCUAUAAAAUGAUACCAUUAAUGAACAAUUACAAACAUACUAAAGUUAAAAAAAAUAAUGAUUAUAUUCUGAGAAUUUCAUGUGUUCACUGUACGUAAGUCAGACUUUGAUUGCCAGUGAUUUCAGGUUUCAGUGUUUGCGUAAACAAUAGAGAAAUAGCAGGAUGCCCUCAGAGCAGUGGAUAAAACCAAGUCCUUGUUAACAAAUAGAUGAGUUCAUGUGAAAGAGACAUGUUCUCUGGGACACUGAGCACCAACAGUUCCCAAAAUGGCCUUGGGCAUGGCACACGGGACACACUUUAGAGCCAUGUUCUUCAGUGGCUACCUUAGAUACCAAAAUUUUCCAAAUCCCAAUCCAAAAGCAAUAUUAAUGCCUGUGCGAUGCCAAUAUUGUCCUCUUUGGCAUGUGGGCGGCAAAUCCACGGGUAUGUUCACUGUAUUGUCUAGUGAGCCUAACAGGUAUAGUGCAUCUAAUAUGUAUAGCUUUGACACAGACGCUGACUACAGUUGAUUCCCACCAUUUUAUAUUCGCUAUCAAAUUUACCUAUUCUCUAACGUUUAUUAUUAGAAAACCUUCAUACUCCAGGAGAGAAUGGGUGUUAUGAAUUUUGUAUCCCUGAAGAAUAGGACUUUGCAUCCCAAGUCUAUUGCAGUGUGAUGUUUAAUAACUAAAUAAAACGGUUGGCUUGUGCGCUGGACUGUACCCUUGCCUGUAAUGAGGCACAGUGUAGAGGCUUCAGUUUAUCAGUAGUUUGUCUCUUCCUUAGUAGAGGCACUGGUUGGGUUGGAAGGCAGACCAUGAAUAGACAUAGUUUAUACCCAUCCUCCUAUUAGUUAACAUAUAGUGUGAGAUUGGACCUUGGCGGGUGGGUCCAAUCCACAGGAGGUGAGAGACAGGCCAUGGAGACAGAACUUACAUAGGGAGUUUUAUUGAAUUUCACCCGAUCAUUUUUAGUUGAACUUCAAAACUAUUCCUCCUACCCCCACUGUCUGGAGUUGUACACUAUACAGGGGCAGACCUGGUGGCAGUAGGAUCCCGCUUGAGUUAGGGCUAUUUAAUACUAAAGGAAGUAGCAAAGCAAUACUUUAAAACCCAAGAGCUGGUCCUCACAUCAAAGGAUGAAAUUAAUGUUCCUUGAUUAUGUAAAGAAAACUACGAUUUGAUCUAAAGUUUCCACUCAGAUUAUUUGAAAUUAACUUUAAAAAACUUUAAAAAAAAAAAAACCUUAUUCACCAUAUUAUAAAAGUUCAAGUAAAAUUUGACUUUUGUUUGCUUGGAGGCCAACAAAGACUGCGUUUAUUCAAGUGUUCCAGUUUGCUUUCUGUACUGUGAUAAGAUUUAAAAAAAAAAAAAAAAGGCACUCUGAUCAAACCAAAAGAAACUUAGGGAAGGAAGCAAAGGGCUUAUUUGCCUUACAGUUCCAAUUCCCAGUCCAUCCUUGAAGGAAGUCAGGACAGGAACUCAAACAGGAACUUGCAGCAGAUACCAUAGAGACGGCUGCCUGCCUGCGGAUGGACGCACUGGCGGGCUCAUGCUUAGCUGGCUUUCUUAUGCAGCCCGGCGCCAUCUGCCUAGGGGAUGACACCGCCUACUCGAUUAGCAACCAAGACAGCCCCCAACAGAGAUGCCAGCAGGCCAGUCUGGUCUGGGGGAUUCACCCACCCAGGUUCUCCCUCUCAAAGGACUCCAGCUGAAUCAAGCUGACAGAUGGAAUUAACCAGGACAGAUGGCUAAUGCACCAACCAUGUGUUUCCUGCGCUACCACAUUAGCGUGUGCAUAUCGGAUAUUUGUUAGGAUUAGAAGUGAGCGCUUCUCCUGUUACUUUUAAAAUUAUUUUCUUCAUAUUUUCUUUUAGUGCGUACUAUUAGGGCCAUGAGAGAAGCCUGGUGAAAUGCCAAGCAACCCUUCAUACCACUCUUGUGUGUCCUAUGUUUGUGGAGAUGUGAAAUGUCUUGAGUUGUGUGGGCAUCCAUUUCAGGAAAUAGCAUUGCCCGUUCGGAGAUGGUUAUUGAAACUUGGAAUGGUUCUAGGUCGCUUUUCACAUGAAUAGUUCUUCCAGGAAAGCAUGAAUAGACUAUGUAUCCACAGAUGAUACAGUGCUCGCUUCCUAACUGUCUCUCUGGAAAAUGUCUACUCCCUCUUCUCCAACCCCCUCUCUUCAAACAGACUAAAGAAGAGAGAGAGAUUUCUGAGAAAGUUGUAUUUUUACAGCAAGGAAGUUCAGCAUUCCUUGAGUCUCAGGUAAAAAGCAAACACGGAUUAUUUGCGUAGAGGAAACCUUCUUCAGCCUUCGCUGUCCCUGAAGUCUCUGGUUUUCACUUCUUUAGUUUCUCUUGUUUAAUGCUAAGGUGGGUACGUAUGUAACUUUGCUUAGACUUUGGGAGAGGGAAUUUGCUUAGUAUGUUAGUGAUCAGUUACGUAUUGCUCAUAACUUCUACAUGAUAAAAAUUACCAUUGAGGCUCUGGGUCUAUCUGUGAUAAUCUUCUGAAAUUCCCCCCCACUGCCAGUUUUCAUCUAGAGACUGCUACUAUUUUUAAUGCCUUUGACUGAUUUUGAAUACUCUGAACUUAUAUUGGUUUUCUUGCUAGCCAAGUGUGGUUAAGAAAAUGCACGAAGGCGUCUCUGCUGAUUCUGUGGCCACUUCUCAUCAGAUAAUUUUCCAGAAAACUGUCCCGUCGACCCUAGAGGGUACAGAGGAUUGGGUUAUUGUAGACAAAAUACCCACUGAGGUAGUUGAUGGUGAUUCGAAAAAGAUUGUGACUUACAAGGUGGUUACCGUGACCAGUAAAACUGGUGAGAUCCCAGCCGACUUGCUAAAGUCUAGUAUGGUUGACAUGCACGGCUUCGAUGACUUGACCAGAGACAUGCAUCUUAAGGACGAGACCAAGCAGAAGAUGUACACGCUAGGGAAAUCCUACGACACGGUCUCUGGGAGAAUUGUUACCAUGACGGGGAAAGCUAAAGAGGGGGAGAAAGCCGCACAGACCUCCUUGCUGGAAGGCCUGCGGAAGACGGAGAGAGGCGCCGCAGAGGCUGCGAAGGUUGCUCCCUUGCUGGUGGAAUAUGAGGUCCUGGAAUCCUUGACUGAAGAGAAAUCCAGAAGGGGACCCGAGGUCCACACCCCGAAGCGGAGAUUGUCAGAGUCCCUGGCGCCCAUCAAGGAAGCUGAAUCUCGCCGGCAGAGCCCUGAGGAAGAUGACACCCAGAAGGCUCCAACGCUGGGAGAGGAUGCGCCCGCCCAGCCCCGGUUCAGCAAACCGCAGCAGGUCCCCGAAUGUGAGGUGCUGAAGGUAGGGCCCUUUGGCCCACGCAGGAAGAGCCUGUCUGAGUGGCGGUACUCCCAGGAACCGGCCUUUACUGUGGCUACUGCUCACUACGUCACCGAGUCCUCUGCAUCCCAAGUGGUGGUAACCAGUGGCUCUCGUUCAGUCGCACCUUAAGAUUCCAGCAUGACGAUUUUUUUCAAACAGCGCCCUUCCGCCCUGAACCUUUCCCGUUCCUCUUGCCGCUUGACUUUAUGUUGGGAGCAGCGAACCCAGCUUUUCUCCUCUAUGAUUAAAUCAAUAUUGCAGUCUAAAGUCAGCAUUAAAACACUUUUCCCAUUUUAUUUCUAGCUGCCCAUUCCCAAGAUGCCGUGAUAACGCUGCUGUGGCUUGCAAUAAAGGGGCGGGGCGGGGGGGGCGGGGCUGGAAAAAUGACCGGCUUAAAUCGGCACCACCCUAAACGUAAUAUCUCGGCUGUAGCUCACGAGGGCUCGUGGUCACCUAGUUUGCUAUGUUAUGCCUCCAUUGUUUUCUGUUUCCAAGCUCUCUACGUGGACUCCUCCUUCAUUCCUCCUUCCUUUUUUCCCCUCUGCCUCCAGUCUUGUCUAGCAAGCCGCAAACACGUGAGCCCGAGGCGCCUCUCUCGUGCUUGACUCUUCCUCUCUUUG